CUGGCUGCGGCGCGCCGUGGGCAGAGCGGUCCCAGCCGCCCGGAGAGCACGUCCCCAUGCGCAGCCCCGGCGCCCGGCGCCCAGCUCCGCCGCCCGCCGUGAGUGAGACCCCCCUCCCCAGGGCCGCCUCCGCCAGCGCCGCGCCGGGGGCCGCAGGGGCGCGCGCCUGACCCCCCCGGGACGCCGGCCCCGCUCCCGCGCCUGUCCCUGCGAGCGUGUGAGUGCGCAGGUCGGCCCCGCGGCCCCAUGUUCCGCUCGCGCCGCUCCGGGCUGGUGCGGCGGCUGUGGCGGCAGCGCUGCGCAGCGCCGGGCCCCGAGGACGGCCACGGGGCGCUCAAGCCCGCCGCGCACGCCCUCUUCAAGAAGCUGAAGGACGAGGAGCUGGAGCUGCUGGUGCAGGCGGUGGAGAGCCGGGGCGCCCGGGAGGCGGGCUGCGUGCGGGUGGCGCGGGGCGAGCCGCGGGGCGCCAAGCAGGCGCUGCCCCCCCAGGUCCUGCUCUGCCGCCUCUACCGCUGGCCCGACCUGCGCCAGCCCCACGAGCUCAAGCACCUCAGCUACUGCCAGAGCGCCGGGGGCCGCGGGGGCUGCGGCGACGCCGCCGCGCUCUGCUGCAACCCCCACCACUUCAGCCGCCUGGCUGCUCCCGAGACCCCACCGCCCCCCUACUCCAAGACGUCCUGCGGCCCCUCCUGGCCGGCGGUGCCCGAGCCCCCCGGCGCCCAGCUCCUGGAGCUCAGCUGCCAGCGCGGGGAGCGGCGCGACACCAGCCUCUCGCGGAGCGCCGUUAAGGAUGGCUACUGGUGCAAACUGGCCUACUGGGAGCACCGGACGCGCGUGGGCCGCCUCUACGCCGUGCACGAGGCGUCGGUGAACGUGUUCUGUGAGCUGCCGCAGGGCAGCGGCUUCUGCCUGGGGCAGCUGCGGGCCGCGAACCGCAGCGAGGCCGUGCGCCGGGCCCGCGGCAAGAUCGGCCGGGGGCUGCUGCUGAGCCGGGAGCCCGGCGGCGUGUGGGCCUACAACCGCAGCGAGCACCCCAUCUUCGUCAACUCGCCCACGCUGGGGCCCCCCGGCACCCGCGGCCUCGCCGUCCACAAGGUGCUGCCCGGCUACUCGGUGAAGGUGUUCGACUACGAGCGGGCCGGCUGCCUGGCCGGCUGGCGGCACCCCGGGGACGGCCCCUGCGACCCCAACAGCGUCCGCAUCAGCUUCGCCAAGGGCUGGGGGCCCUGCUACUCGCGGCAGUUCAUCACCUCCUGCCCCUGCUGGCUGGAGAUCCUGCUGGACCAGCCGCGCUGAGAGGCCGCCGGCACCCCGCCUCGCCCUCCCGCCUGCGCCCGGCGCCCCCAGGCACUAUUUAACCGCCUCUUUUUUUAAUAGUUAAAUUUAUUUUAAAUUAUCUUAUUUUUGUAAAAAAAGAAAAGUAAAAAGUGGAGCAUGCCCCCAGCAGGGGCCGGACGCCCGCUCGGCGCCGCAGGGAGCGCAGCGACGGCAGUCGUGGCCGCACUGAGCCAUCGGCGAGGGAAGCGGAGGGGAAGCAGGAGGGUGGGACGUCCCAGGGCCAUGCGCUGCGGGGCCGGGCACACCCAGCCAGGUCACGGCAGGCAAGGGGGAGCAUCAGAGCAGGUUAGUGCAGCCAGGAUGAGCAUCGGAGCAGGUUAGCGCAGCCAGAGUGAGUGUCGGAGCAGGUUAACGGAGUCAGGAUGAGCACUGGAGCAGGUUAGCGCAGCUGGGGCAAGCAUUGGAGCAUGUUAGGAGCAGGUUGUGCAGCCAGGAUGAGCGUCGGAGCAGGUUAGGGGCAGGUUAGCGCAGCCAGGGCGAGCGUUGGAGAAGGUUGGUGCAGUCGGGAUGAGCAUUGGAGCAGGUUAGGAGCAGGUUAGCGCAGCCAGGAUGAGCAUCAGAGCAGGUCAGCGCAGCCGGGGCGAGCACUGGAGCAGGUUAGGAGCUGGUGAGCGCAGACAGGAUUAGUCUGGAACAGGUUAGUGCAGCCAGGAUGAGUGCCGGAGUAGGUUAGGAGCAGGUCAGCACAGCCGGGAUGAAAGUCGGAGCAGGUCAGCACAGCCGGGAUGAACAUCGGAGCAGGUUGGCGCAGCAGGGGCGAGCCCCGGAGCAGGUUAGCGUGGUGCAGUGAGAGCACAGAGCAGGAGGGAUGCGAAGAGCCGGGAGCUGAGCUGCGGGGCUGGCGCAGGUCUGGCCCUGGGGGCCAGAGGGACGGCGCGAGGGUCUGGCGUGGGCAGCCCCAGGCCGGGGGUGCCCUGACCCCUCCAGCCGGCUGCGGUGGGCGGGGGCCGCCGGUCCCCGCAGGGCGAGCGCAGCCCGGGGGCGCCAGGCGUUUCCCGGCCCCGGGUGUCUGCGCUGUGUCCGUGUUAUUUAUGACUGCAAUAAACGGUGCCGCCGGCACCA